AACCCAAUAAGCCACACACAUCAGCUAUCCCAUGCGUCCCUCGACCCUGACCAACCUUAGAACUUUUACACUUAUAAAUUGAAGAACAUUCUCCUGCUGGAAUACAGAGGAGAAAACUAAUACAAUUUCCAUGGAUUGGGCAUUGGUCAUGUGGUUGUGGGCUUUGCUUUAUGUUCAGUACUGUAGUGAUGGGUGUCUUGGGUGCUUGGACAAGGAGAGGACUUCUCUCUUGGAGAUCAAAGCUUCCAUCAAUUACCCGAAUGGGUCUUAUCUUCUUACAUGGGAGGAUGGGACUGACUGUUGUAGUUGGGAAAGAAUCAAGUGCAACAAUGGGACAGGCCGACUGACUGAAAUUUCUCUCAGUGAGACAAGGGAAUACGAGUUGGGAGAAUGGUAUCUGAAUGCUGACUUACUUCUAUCCUUUGGAGAACUGCAGAGCCUCGAUUUAUCCAGGAAUAACCUCGCUGGUUGGGUUGAUCAUGAAGGUUUCAAAAGAUGGUCGAGAUUGAGCAAGCUGGAGCACCUUGACCUGACCUAUAACUUGUUCAAUGAAAGCAUUCUACCAUAUUUGGGUUCACUCUCGUCCCUCAAGAGUCUGUCUCUGAAGGGCAAUUACUUUGGACUUCUACACACAGGUGUUGAUGUGGAGUAUUCACCUCUUGGAAUUUUAUAUACAAGUUUUGAAAUGUUGUCAAGAUUGGGCAACCUAGAGCAGCUAGACCUAAGUUGGAAUCAGUUAAAUAGAAGCAUUCUACCAUAUUUGGGCGCACUCUCCUCCCUCAAGAGCCUUGAUCUAAGUUGGAAUAAUUUGGAAGGAUGCUUCCCCUCAAAAGGUUUCAAAAGAUGGUCGAGAUUGAGCAAGCUAGAGCACCUUGACCUGAGCUAUAACUCGUUCAAUGAAAGCAUUCUACCAUAUUUGGGUUCACUCUCAUCCCUCAAGAGUCUGUCUCUGGGCGACAAUCAAUUUGGAUUUCCACACAGCAGUCUUGAUGUGAUGGGGAAUUCACCUCCUAUAAUUUUAUAUACAAGUUUUGAAAUGUUGUCAAGAUUGGGCAACCUAGAGCAGCUAGACCUAAGUUGGAAUCAGUUAAAUAGAAGCAUUCUACCAUAUUUGGGCGCACUCUCCUCCCUCAAGAGCCUUGAUCUAAGUUGGAAUAAUUUGGAAGGAUGCUUCCCCUCAAAAGAAUUGACCAAUUUGAGCAAACUGGAGGUUUUGCAUUUGAGAGAUAAUCAACUCAAUGGUUCCCUAUGGCCGCAAGCUUUGUGCAAUCUGGAGAAUCUUCAAGAACUGGAUCUUCAAGGAAAUGAACUGGAAGGGAGCCUUCCUCCAUGUCUCAGCAACUUGUCAUCCCUCCAACUACUUGAUCUCUCCCGUAAUAAACUCAGUGGGAAAAUCUCCUUGUCUCUCAUCUCCAGCCUCACAAUGCUCCGGUUCCUUUCUCUCUCUAACAACCGCUUUGUGGGGUCUCUCUCAUUUAGCUCAUUUGCUAAUCUUUCCAAGCUCGAGGUUGUGGAACUUUCAGUACUGAAAGGUAGAUAUCUUGAUGGCUAUGUUAUAACUUAUCACAAUCAGUUAGAGGUGGAAACUGAAUCGACACCUUGGGUUCCUAAAUUCCAGUUGAAAGUCCUCCAAUUAUCAAACUGCAACAUAAACAAGCUCACUGGUACCAUUCCCAGCUUCCUUUCCACCCAAUAUAACUUGAUAGAAUUGGACCUUUCCCACAACAACAUGAAGGGAAAGUUUCCAUCUUGGUUGUUAGAGAAUAAUGAAAGACUACAAAUACUAGGCCUGGGAAGCAACUCCUUAGCUGGCCCAUUCCAUCUGCCACCUCAUUCUGACAACCUGAAUGCAUAUUUUCUGGACGUCUCCAGCAACAACAUCUCCGGACAACUUCCUGAAAAUAUCGGUCUCUGCCUUCCAAAUUUAAUUCACUUGAACAUGUCUACAAAUGCUCUUCAUGGUAGCAUUCCUCCGUCAAUGGGCAACAUGAGAGAAUUGUAUACUUUAGAUUUGUCAAGAAACAAUUUUUCAAGAGAAAUACCAGAGCAGUUGGCCAUGGGUUGCAUCUCAUUGGAAAUUUUGAAGCUAUCAAACAAUAGAUUUCAAGGCGCAGUGUUUCCAAUUCAUUCGAACUUGACUCAGUUACAGUAUCUGUAUUUGGAUGGAAAUGGAUUCACCGGGAGGAUCUCAGCUGGUAUAUUCAAAAGCCCUCAUCUACAGUUUUUGGAUGUUGGUAAAAACAACAUAUCAGGUCGUCUUCCUGCACAGAUUGGGAACUUUUCUGAGUUGAAGUGGCUUUCCAUGCCCGGAAACUAUUUGGAAGGUCCUAUUCCAACCGAGUAUUGCAAACUCUCUGUUCUUUCCUUUUUGGACCUUUCCCAAAAUGGAAUUUUUGGUCCCAUACCUUCAUGCUUUAAUCUAUCUCUGAAAUUCUUACAUUUGCAAGGAAACGAGCUUACAGGAUUGAUGCCAAAUGCUUUAUCCAAAAUUUCCUCCCUUGUUACAUUGGAUGUCAGCCACAACAACAUCUCUGGUAAUAUUCCAAAUUGGAUUGGUACACUUCAAAAUUUAAGGUUUCUUCUCCUCGGAGGAAAUAAUUUGCAAGGUCACAUUCCCAUGCAGUUGUGUCAACUGAAGAACUUGAGCAUAUUAGAUCUUUCGCACAAUUAUCUCUCUGGUCCAAUACCACAGUGCUUUGGUAAUAUGACAUUCGGGAGGGCAAGAGUAGUUGACUUCUCAACUUUUGUUUCCUCUCCAUGGAAUCUCGCUUUCCGUCUAGGCAUUGUGCUGCCUGGAUACCGUAUUGAAGUUAGGGUGCUUUAUUUAAUUGGACGUUUGAUAAAAGAUGAGGACGAGGUGGUGUUCAUAACAAAGAAGAGGUCUGAAACUUACAAGGGUGACGUUCUUUCCUUGAUGUCCGGUGUAGAUCUGUCAUGGAACCAGUUAACAGGUGAAAUCCCACCUGAAAUUGGAUAUCUAACCGCUACUCAUGCAUUGAACUUGUCGCACAAUCAAUUGAGUGGACAAAUUCCAGAAACAUUCUCAAAUCUAAAACAGAUUGAGAGCUUGGACCUUUCUCACAAUAGAUUGAGUGGGGAGAUUCCUCCUCAACUAACUGAGCUCAACUUCUUAUCUGCAUUCAACGUCUCUCACAAUGACUUAUCUGGCGUCCUACCGGACAUGAUGAAGGGACAGUUUGGCACCUUUGGAGAAACCAGCUACGAAGGCAAUCCCCUACUCUGCGGACCACCACUGAAGAGUUGCUUCUCCACUUCUCCGCUACCACCUUCAAUGGCAACAACGUCAGGCGACGACGAUGAUGGAUAUGACAUAAUCUUCUAUGCAUGCUUUUCGGUGUCAUGCACUAUGUCGUUCUUGCUUUUCAUAGCACUUCUCUACAUCAACCACUAUUGGAGAGGUCUAUACUUCUAUUUUGUUGAUGCAUGUAUCUAUUCAUGCUAUUAUUUUGCUUUAGACAGCUACUAUUUUGGUUUAGACAACCUUCGGAAGGUUUUCACCCGGCCACGUGCAUAACCUUCAAGUCAGAUCAAUUUCUCUAUGUAACUCUUAUUGUAAGACAAUAAUAAUCAUGUUUAUGCAUGGCAUGGCUUUUAUUUCAACCCA